AUGGCACUCGGAUUACCGAUCUUCGCACUAAUUGUUGUCGUCCUUCUGAUCUUGAGAUUCCGGUCUCGUCCCAAAGAACAACGUGGUCAAAUCAAAGACAAUGAACCCACUACGAUCGAUCUCUCAGGUGUCCAACCAUGCGCGGCUGACUUCGACUGGCGGACAAGCGAACCGAUUGCUUAUAGACCGUGGCAUAAUGGCCCAUACCAUGUCACUAUGGGCAUCAAACGCACUGCCGUUCAAGACUGGAUCGAAAUUGAUAACACAUAUCUGGACAAAAUAGCUUUGAAAAGAGAGCUGUUCGAGAAGCAAAGAGAUGUGGUAACGCAAGUUCUACCAGGAUGUGAAGAAGCGGCAUUCGAGGGAUUGUACCUGCUUGCUGAGUACCUUCCACGCCGGUAUCCCACCAUGUUCAAGUGGACGGAGAAAAAGACCAUCGAGAAUUUGGCGACCAAAGAGAAAUGGGAUCUGACCAGGAGUGCUCCAACAUGGAACCACUAUCAUCCUCUUGAAGUUAUGGCAUUGCUUGCACCAGAAGAUUUCGUCAUUCUGCAAACGGACCCGGCAACAGGCGUAUCUUCGCUGAAGGCCGGAGCAACAGCCGGAUGGAGAAUGCAGGAUCGAAUUGGACACAGUCUGUGGCAGAUCCAUGCGGGCAGGGUACCUCAAUACGAGACCAAACUCGCCAAAUCGAUGGAUCGUUUCUUCAUGCGUAUGCAGGUCGGUUCUGCGAUCACAAGGUUCAACUACGCGAUCGACGACUCGGACGAGCUCUACCAUCCACACUCACACCAUAAUCUCAGUGUAGACAAGAAGGUCCGCCUGGAAGACUUACAUCUCCGAGUAGAGAGACAAUUCCUUCAACGUCUGCCGAAAACAAGAGCUCUGCUCUUCUCUAUUCGGACAUAUAUCACACCCAUUACCGAAGUGACGAAAGACAAAGAAGUUGCAGCCGCUUUACGGACCAGUGUUGGAAGCUUUACAGAGGAUGUGGCUGGGUACAAAAACAAGGCACUGUGGGACUCAGUCUUGUCUGAACAUCUCAAGCAGGUAUUGGAGGGCGAGAAGGGAGUGUCUGAUUCAUGA